GGAUAAGUCCCAUUAUGAGACUGACUAGACCUGCGAGGAGUUCAUGCGGGUCGAUUGUGCCGAGUUUUAUUGAGGAUGCUUGAACAAGUCCUCGCCCGAUUUGUGUGUGUCGGUCAGUGCGAAAGCAACUCGUAAGUGAAAAGGGGUUGGAGGUUCCCGUAGAGUUUAGGCGCCCUGUGUGGCCGGCUCGGUGUUGUGCACCUUCAGAGGUGGUGGAGAAAAGAGAAGAAUUCUCGUAUCUCAUUGGUGCUACUUUUGCCUUUUUCCCCACCCCUACCAGGAGGAGGAGGAGGAAGAAGAAGCAGAAGCAGAAGAAGAGGAAAGAGGAAGAGGAGGAGGAGGAAAAAGGCGUGAAAAAUCAGUGAAAGGGCAUAAAAGGGGUCAGUGCAGGAGGAGAGAGAGAGAGAGAAAGAGAGAGAGAGAGAGAGAGAGAGAGAGAGAGAGAUAGAGAGAAAGAAGUUAAAACAAGGACCUUUUCGGAGGAAGGAGGGAGUACGGCUGCCAAGCCCCCCGCCCCCAGCCCCCCCACCCACGAUCAUGGCCGAGUAGAUCGUCAUGGGCGGGUGUGCUCGGACUGACAAAAGGACCCUGGACCGUGGAUAACAUGCAUAAGUGGUGGAGCUGCUGGAGGAGUGAGGGAGAAGCAGUGGCCACCGAACAAGACUUACUAGAGCAGAAGCAGCAGCAGCAGCAGCAGCAGCAGCAGCAGCGGCAGCAGCGGCAGCAGCAGGAGCGUCUUCAUCAUUUUCAUCCUCAUCAGCAGCAGCAGCAGCAGCAGCAGCAGCAGCAGCAGCAGCAGCUUUAUCAGCAGCAGCAGUAUCGUCUGGGCGAAGGUAGAGUAAGCUGGGCAGCGGACAUGAACACUGCUCAGCUGUAGAAGACCAUGAGCGAAGAAUCGGAGUCCUUAAACGAGGAGGAACGCAGUGUUUUUCGCCCGUUCACCCGAGAGAGUCUCGCCGCCAUCGAAGCUCGCAUCGCCGAGGAAAAUGCCAAAAAGACCGAAUUACAAAAGAAGAAGGACGAGGGGGAGGGAGGAGGAAUGAGAUUUGGAAGAAAAAAGAAAGAACCUGUCUAUGAUGACGACGACGAUGAGGGACCGCAAGCGGACCCCAACCUGGAGCAGGGCCUUCCGAUCCCGAAUCGCCUUCAAAGCCAGUUCCCCGAAGAUCUGGUCGGUACCCCCCUCGAGGACAUCGACCCGUACUAUCACAACCAAAAGACGAUGAUCGUCGUGAGCAAGGGCAAGAACAUCUUCCGAUUCAGCGCCACAGACGCUGUGUUUCUGCUGAGCCCUUUCAACCCAGUGAGGCGGACCGCCAUCUUCAUUCUCAUCCAUCCCCUAUUCAACUUCUUCAUCAUAUGCACCAUUCUCACUAACUGUGUUCUCAUGAUCAUGCCUGCCUCCGAGACUAUAGAGUCUACAGAAGUCCUCUUCACAGCUAUCUACACUUUCGAGUCAGGUGUCAAAGUGAUGGCAAGAGGAUUUAUAUUAGAGGGCUUCACAUAUCUAAGGGACGCGUGGAACUGGUUGGAUUUUAUAGUUAUAUCGUUAGCGUAUGUGACUAUGGGCAUAGACCUUGGUAAUUUGGCCGCUUUGAGAACCUUCCGUGUGUUGAGAGCGCUCAAAACCGUGGCCAUUGUCCCAGGUCUGAAGACGAUCGUGGGCGCUGUGAUCGAGUCAGUGAGAAAUCUGCGGGAUGUGAUCAUUUUGACCGUCUUCGCGCUGUCCGUGUUUGCCUUACUUGGACUUCAGAUUUAUAUGGGAGUUCUCACCCAGAAGUGUAUCCGAAAGUUUGAUUUUACAAAGGAAAAUUGGACAUUCGAAGAAUUAGAAAACUUUCGCAAAAAUGAAACCAAUUGGUUCAACGACGGUGAUGGUGAUUACCCCUUGUGCGGCAACAGUAGUGGUGCAGGGCCGUGCCCAGCUGGUUACAUCUGCCUCCAGGGCUACGGCAGGAACCCGAACUACGGCUACACGAGCUUCGAUAGCUUCGGCUGGGCGUUUUUGUCAUCCUUUCGUCUCAUGACCCAAGAUUACUGGGAAAAUUUAUAUCAACUGGUGCUCCGUGCGGCUGGCCCUUGGCACAUCCUGUUUUUUGUGGUUAUCAUCUUCUUGGGUUCUUACUACCUGGUGAACCUCAUCCUGGCUAUUGUCGCUAUGUCUUACGAUCAGUUGCAAAAGAAGGCAGAAGAAGAAGAGGAGGCGGCCUUAGCUGAAGAAGAGGCGCUCAAAGAGUUGGAGGCGGAGAGAGCAGCGGCAGCGGAACACGCGAUGGCAAUCGCCGGAGGAGAUUUGGAGCAGGCAUCCGUCAUCAAGUCGCCGUCGGAUUUCUCCUGCCACUCGUACGAGCUCUUCGUAGACCAACCGACUGCCAACGACGACAACCGAGAGAUGUCCAUCAAGAGCGAGGGAGGCGAAUCCAUCAACGAUCCGAAGGCUCGGCCCAAUGGGAAGCUACCCAGGAAGGCGAGCCUUAGCCUGCCUGGCUCCCCGUUCGCCUUUCGGAGAGGGUCGAGGGGUAGCCACCAGUUCGCCUGGCGGACUACCAACGGCCGACGGUUCGGCGACAGGAAGCCCCUAGUGCUGUCCACUUACCUGGACGCCCAGGAACACCUGCCCUACGCAGACGACUCGGCGGCCGUGACGCCCAUGAGCGAGGAGAACGGCGCCAUCAUAGUGCCCGUCUACACGAACUUGGGCUCGCGUCACAACUCGUACACCUCCCACACCUCCAGGAUAUCCUACACCUCCCACGGGGACCUCAUCAACGGGAAGCCCCUCGCCACCAAGGAGUCCCAGCUGCUGUCCAGAUCCCGAAUGGCCUCCCGAGUCCCCGAGCUGGACAAUAAAAUGCUCAGGAUGCUUCCACUCAAACUGGAGGGGGAGACACUUUCUAAGAAGGAAGAUGAAGUCAUAGAUAACAUCAUUCGGGAAAUAUUUGGUCCCGAUAUCAACCUUGAGUAUAUCGACAAAGAUGCAUCAGUGCAAGGCACCCCGCUCACCAGAUCCAAAGAAAAUGUGGUAGACCAAUCCUUGGAGCCGGAGGAGGUCUUGGCUAUGAAACUCAAAAACCCGGAGGCGAACCCUUUCAUCGAUCCCAUUCAGAAACACACAGUAGUCGAUAUGAGAGACGUGAUGGUCCUCAAUGACAUCAUAGAACAGGCGGCCCAGCAGGCGGGCAGACAGAGUCGGGCGAGCGACCAUGGAGUUUCCAUCUAUUAUUUCCCUGCAGAAGAGGAGGAGGAAACUCUUAAGGAAAAGAUCAAGAAAAAAUUGAUAGAAUUCUUGAGCAAAGUCAUCGACUUUUUCUGUGUUUGGGACUGUUGCUGGGUUUGGAUCAAGUUUGCACAGAUUGUAGAACUGAUAGUGUUCGAUCCCUUUGUCGAACUCUUCAUCACUCUAUGUAUCGUCGUCAACACCCUCUUCAUGGCCAUGGAUCACUAUGGCAUGAACCCAGGCUUUGAAAAUUUCCUCCAGAUUGGAAAUUACUUCUUCACGGCCACCUUCAGUAUCGAGUGCUUCGCCAAGAUUAUCGCCAUGAGCCCCAAGUACUACCUGCAGGAGGGCUGGAAUAUCUUCGAUUUCAUCAUCGUGUUCUUAUCACUCCUCGAACUCGGUCUUGCCAACGUCUCUGGUCUCUCUGUCUUGAGGUCCUUUCGAUUGCUGAGAGUGUUCAAACUGGCAAAAUCUUGGCCGACCCUCAAUUUGCUCAUCUCCAUCAUGGGUAAGACAGUAGGUGCCCUGGGUAACCUGACCUUCGUGUUGUGCAUCAUCAUCUUCAUCUUUGCCGUCAUGGGUAUGCAGCUCUUCGGCAAAAACUACACAGACAACGUCGUAAGAUUCCCAAAAACACCGGAUGGGCAACUGCCUCGUUGGAACUUCACCGACUUCUUUCAUUCGAUCAUGAUCGUAUUCCGUGUGCUGUGUGGAGAGUGGAUCGAAAGUAUGUGGGAUUGUCUCCUUGUAGGAGAUUGGCCGUGUAUUCCGUUCUUCCUCGCCACCGUUGUCAUAGGCAACUUGGUCGUGCUGAAUCUGUUCUUGGCUUUGCUCUUGAGCAGUUUCGGAGCUUCGAACCUGUCCGCUCCGGCCAGUGAUGGCGAAACAAACAAGAUAUCUGAAGCCUUCGACCGUAUUGCCCGCUUCAAAGCUUGGAUAAAGCGCUCCAUAUUCAACUUCCUCAAGCUUAUACGAGCCAAGCUUACGAAUCAAAUCAGUGACCAGACGCCAGACUCUCGCGAUGUGGAUGCAGACGACGCCCUCAUGGACAGACAGGGUAUGAAGAAACUCUCCAAGGACCACACUCAGGUCGACAUCCCCAUGGACGGGUUGGACCUACCAGAUGGCAAGAUCAAGAACAACGCCAUGAUGAACAACAGCAAACACAUCGUCAACUCGAUCACGAAGGACAACGGCGAGAUCAUCGAGAAUGACUACAGCAACAAGCAGGUGGUGCGGCUGGACGAGGACGACGUCAGCAACAACUCCCUGGGGUCCCACAAGAACCGGAAGCUGAAGAGCGACAGUGGAAGCCACAAAGGAUCAUCCGAAUCCUUGGACGACGGCGAGGAGAAGAAAGAUGCCAGUAAGGAGGACCUGGAGGAUGAUUUCCAGGGAUCAAGUGGUGAUGAGGAGCUCCUGGAAGAUGGUGAGCAAAGACCACCUAUGAUGGACACUGGAAGCGAGAUCAUCCUGGACUUCCCAUCAGAUUGCUUCAAGGAAGCAUGCUAUAUUAAAUGUCCCUGGUUUCGAGGUGAUCCUGAUUCUCCAUUCUGGCAAGGCUGGGGCCAUCUGAGAUUGAAGACAUACCAACUGAUUGAGAACAAAUAUUUUGAGACAGCUGUCAUCACCAUGAUUCUCUUGUCUUCUCUGGCCUUAGCCCUGGAAGAUGUGCACCUAAAGACCCGACCUGUGCUUCAAGAUGUUCUGUACUACAUGGAUAGGAUCUUCACUGUAAUAUUCUUCAUUGAGAUGUUGAUCAAGUGGGUGGCCCUCGGAUUCGCCAAAUACUUCACCAAUGCUUGGUGUUGGCUUGACUUUCUCAUUGUCAUGGUGUCCUUGAUUAACCUAGUGGCAACCCUGGCUGGAGCAGGCAAAAUUCAGGCAUUCAAAACGAUGCGAACGCUUCGCGCGCUGCGUCCCCUGAGGGCUAUGUCCCGUAUGCAGGGCAUGAGGGUGGUAGUGAACGCCUUGGUAGGAGCUAUUCCAUCCAUCGUCAAUGUGUUACUCGUGUGCCUCAUUUUCUGGCUCAUCUUUGCUAUCAUGGGAGUGCAGCUUUUCAAUGGAAAAUAUCACAAAUGCAUGAAUGAUGAUGGCAUCAGAGCGGAUGCAGAAGAAAUACCUAAUAGAGAAGCAUGCAUAUUGGCAAACUUGUCUUGGGAGAACAGUGAAGUGCACUUCGAUCAUGUAGGGAUGGCAUACCUCGCCCUCUUCCAGGUUGCCACUUGGAAGGGUUGGAUUCAGAUCAUGAAUGAUGCCAUUGACUCCACACAGGUUGGCGAACAGCCAGUGAGGGAGAUCAACAUUUAUAUGUAUCUGUACUUCGUCUUUUUCAUCAUCUUUGGGUCUUUCUUCACACUGAAUCUCUUCAUUGGUGUCAUUAUCGACAACUUCAAUGAACAAAAGAAAAAGGCAGGAGGGUCUCUCGAGAUGUUCAUGACAGACGACCAAAAGAAAUACUACGCCGCCAUGAAGAAAAUGGGCUCAAAGAAACCACUUAAAGCUAUCCCUCGCCCACAGUUCCGCCCUCAAGCCGUAGUGUUCGAGAUCGUGACUAACAAGAAGUUCGACAUGAUCAUUAUGUUGUUUAUCGGUUUCAACAUGCUCACCAUGACCAUUGAUCACUACAAAAUGUCGGACGAGUUCACCCAAGUCCUAGACAUCUUGAACCUUAUCUUCAUCUGCAUCUUCACGUCCGAGUGUGUGCUGAAGGUCUUCGCCCUGCGAUGGCACUACUUCAAGGAGCCCUGGAACCUGUUUGAUUUUGUGGUGGUCAUCAUGUCCAUACUGGGUUUGGUGCUGAAGGAUAUCAUAGAGAAAUACUUUGUCUCACCUACACUUCUUCGAGUGGUUCGUGUAGCAAAAGUGGGCAGAGUACUCCGAUUGGUCAAAGGUGCCAAGGGCAUCAGGACCUUGCUCUUUGCAUUGGCUAUGUCCCUCCCUGCUCUCUUCAACAUAUGUCUCCUGCUUUUCCUCGUUAUGUUCAUCUUUGCCAUAUUUGGGAUGUCUUUCUUCAUGAAUGUCAAACACACUGGCGGUUUGGAUUGUGUAUACAACUUUGAGACAUUCUUCAAGUCUUUCAUCUUGCUGUUCCAAAUGAUGACAUCGGCAGGCUGGGAUGGUGUGCUAUCAGGGAUUGUCAAUGAGAAAGAUUGUAAGUCAGCUAACCCUGAGAUUGGAGAGCCAGGCGACUGUGGCAAUCAGGUCAUAGGAAUUGCGUAUCUACUGGGUUACCUUGUCAUUAGUUUCCUCAUUGUUAUUAACAUGUACAUUGCUGUCAUUCUCGAGAAUUAUUCCCAGGCCACGGAAGAUGUAGAAGAGGGUCUCACAGAUGAUGACUAUGACAUGUACUAUGAAAUAUGGCAAGAGUUUGAUCCUAAAGGCACACAGUAUAUUGAAUUCCAUAAACUAUCCGAUUUUCUGGAUGUACUAGAGCCGCCACUUCAGAUUCACAAGCCAAAUAAGUACAAAAUUGUAUCAAUGGACAUCCCAAUAUGCAAGGGAGACCUUGUGUUCUGUGUUGAUGUUCUAGAUGCACUCACCAAGGACUUCUUUGCCAGAAAAGGUAACCCAGUAGAGGAGGCUGCGGAUAUAGGUGAAAUUGGUCCAGCAAAUGAUCGUCCCGGUUAUGAACCAGUUUCAUCUACACUGUGGCGCCAGCGAGAAGAAUAUUGUGCAAGGCUCAUCCAACAGGCAUGGCGGCGACAUCGCCAGCAUAAAGACCAGUCAUCAUUGUCUGGUGCCGAUUCACAAGAGGAACUCAAGCAAGCAGAUACCGCCGUCCUGGUGGAAAGUGAUGGUUAUGUCACAAAAAACGGACAUAAGGUGGUGAUUCACUCGCGAUCACCAUCAGUGACGUCUCGGUCCACCGACGUGUGACUGAGGAAAGGCGAGUAUAUGAAGUUGUUGCUGCUUUUUAAACUAAUACACGGGCCGGUCGUAAACAACUUUAUUAAUAAGUUGUUAACUACCACACGGGUCAGCUGUUAAUUAACACAUGGCUAUGUUAACUCCCACAAAGCUUUGGUACGAAUUACCGCAUAAGCAGGUCGUUAACAAGCAAAUAGCCUGGUCAGUGUGGGCUAUUAGUGCCAGCGCUGCUGGUUGGGCCACUCUUGCUCGGGAACACCACACUCUUAAUGCCUUGUUGUUUAAGUUUACAGUCCAACUGUCCUCAGCUUCCCGACCCGCGAGUGCCGCGCCCUUUGUGCAGAGAUUAUUGCCCUAAGUGAUUCACCAUAUGUUUAUUUUUGUAUUUCAUUUUCUAAAUGGUUACUGAGCCAUUGCUUACCUAUCUUGGUACUGAUGCUCGGCUCAAGCGAGGCUGGGUGCGCCUAGUCCUCACGACGUUCACUUGUUAGUUGGCGCGAAGGUGACGUGGAGCCUGAUGACACUAUGCUCCUGCCCUCUAUUGCCCACCUGCUCAUGGCCGCCAAUACACACCCACGCUCACAGUAUUGUUGACACCCGGUGUAUGAAGCACCGACAACACCUCCUCCCUUCCCCAAGGAUGGCCAAUGCAUAGCAACAACCAUGACUGCAUAGUGACACACCAACUAAAGAAGAGGACUGCAGGAGCACCACCUCUUCAGCAUCAGCGAGCAGCCCGCAAACAGUGGUGAGCAUGUAUGUAUAUAAUAACAGCCCAGGUGGGUGGAGUGGUGCACAGGUGUCACAGGUGUUUUGAAAAGGAACCCUUGUUAAUGCGCAUAUCCCAACAACAACAAUACGAGUUCUCAACAAGUAUUAAUGGAAACUUAUAACUGCAUAAUUAUAACCCUCACAUAAACUGUGUGUGAUACACAAAUGCCUUUACCUGAGUGCAAGCUGUGCAUAAUGCGAGUAGCGAAGUGCACAAUAAGGUAGAACUUGUAUUGUUAGGCGUCGUGUUCCUGGACAGCGUGCCGCCCGGCCCCUGACUCCCUUCCUAUUCCAAGCUUCAUUACAUCCCUUUCUAUAUCCUCUCCUGCAGUGUAUUCAUUUUAUUUUCUUAUGCAAUAUUGAUUCUACUUUAACCCCCACCUAUUUUAUGAACCUGGUACUGUCUACGCUGUAAUCAUAGUCUGCACUCCUUCUCUCUCCUUUCCAUUCUAGUGCCACUUAUCUUUACAUGUCUCCAAACUUCCUAAACAAAUACAUCAAUUCAGUCUGGAACUUUCCCGUCCAGUUCAUUUCUUACAUCAACUUUUCUUCCUCCAGUUUUCCCACAACCUAUCUGCUCUUUUCCGUCCUGCCCCCAUGUGCCCUGCCCCAGGGUGGGCCGGGGGGCGCGCCCGUCCUCUUGUUAAUGCCGCAGUACUUUCCACUAACUUUUACUUAUAAGAUGUAUUCAUUCGUUACAUUGUUUUAUAAGCUUUAAAUCUCUUACUUGGUAUGUGCAACUACAGUGAGCUAGGGACAAGCCAGGCAGGAGCCGAGCGUGUGUUUUAGUCCAUGUGUGGAGUGAAUGUAGUGACAGUCGUGCUCUCGUCCACCAUAGCAAUAGAUAGGCUGGCUCAGUGCGUGCUUCAGAAUGGCUGUUAGAACCAUACCAUACUUUUGCUACCCCUGUAACAUUUCUGAUUGCCAUUUUUUUUCAUCCCAAGUCUCAUGUUUCAUAUCUGUUAUACAUUUGUUAUAAAAUGGAAUACUUUUCCUCUUUGUCAAUUUUUAUUUCUAAAACUGAAACCCCAAAUCAAGUUGUGCAUAAACUAAGAACUGGGACUGGACCAUUCUACUUUUAAAACUCAGUGACAAGAUGCUAUGAGUGUAGUUUUUAUGAUUUAGAAAUUAUUUAUAGGCUAUACCCCUGUGGUCUUAAUCUUCCCCAGCCACAGAGGUAUGACCAAAUACCAAAACUGCUGCAGAGCUCAUUCAGUAUAAAUCAUUUGUUUCAUCCAGUUUGCUCCUUCUCAAUGCCUUAUUAAUCCUGCCUUUGCAAAGUCAGAUACUCUUCAGGUCCCACUGUCACCAUAACUCAAUGCAUGGCGUAAGCAUCACAUGCACGGCUUUCCAGUAUCGUUAUAUAUUAGUAUCACUGCGAUUUGAAACAGAAUUGGGAGGAAUUUUUGACAACUCUGAAAGUGAUUUGAGGAGAAAUCUUGUGACCAUCCACACCUGAGAGGGUUACUAAAAUGUUGAUGGAAUUAGGAUGCUUGUCUCCCUCUUCCCCAUGUGGAGCCUGUGCAUCUGAACAUUUCAUGAACAUCAUUUAUACCUUGAAGGAUAAGUAAUAUACAUUAUAUGAAAAGAAAUAUAAAAUCAUUUGAAUGACUGGAUCUUGUGUGCUCAGCACUGUAUUCCUAAGUCUCAAGACACUGGGUAUGAAAGUCACAAAAUUUUGAUAAUGCUAAUUAGUUCAAACCAGUAUUAUAAUUACACAAUGGUUUCAGUCUACGUUUCCUCCUCCGUAUAUAUUGGUGUGGCGAUUAUUUUUUUAUGGAAGGUCCAGUCAUAAACAGUACUCAUGGUCAAACUAUAUGUAACAGCCCAUCCUCGCCUUCUUUCAAAGAAUUAACAAUUUACUUGUGAAAUUUUCUAAUAUACUGAAACCAGUUUUUUCAGUGUUUGUUUCCCCUGCAGUUUUGCAUACUGGGGCUUAAGUCCUUCAGUUAGAACAAACUCCUUGCUUCAAUCAUUUCUGCCUGAUAGGCCUUCAUUGUUUUGGGGACAAUACAUGUAGUACCCAGUUUUGUUAAGCAUCCAGUGUAGUCUCACCUGUGCCUCCUCCACUUUGGUUGUACAUUCAAAAACAAUUUAAAAUUUUAUUUAUCCUGAUCAUGUGAAAAUAAUUACCUUAACUUUUUAAAUUCAUUUACAUUACAAGAGAAGCAUAUAUAUAUAAUUUUAGUAGAACCCCAGAUUGUGUCAUGUAAAUAUUCUAGUAAUAAUAUGGCUUUUCUUUAUUAUUUUCACUGGCUUUAUCUUGCUGCCCCUGUCCUGCCCCAACAUCUCACUCCUUAAGGGCGUGACAGACACACACUCGAGCUCAGUACUUGGUAUUCCUCCACUUUCCUCAAAACAAAAAUACAAUAGGAGAGAGACCCCCCCCCCCCUUCAUCAGUCUUUCUUCUUUUCUUCCCAGAAUUUCUGUGUCUGCCCUUCCUUCUCCUUCUCCCUCCAUAUCUGCUAAUCCCCCUCUCUCUUUCUCUCUCUCUCCCACUCUCUCUUUAACCAAUUGUUGCCGUGUUGUCUGUCCCUUGUGAUUGGGUUGUCGAAAUCAUGAUGGCCUUAAAAUCUCUAUUGUAACUGGUAUGGCUCGUUAAAUGCACAAUAUUCUAUGUCGACACUCCGAUAUUUAUGAAAUAAUUACAUUUGAGUGUAUAGGAUAAGCCGAAAUAGUGUAAGGUUAUUAUGUGCAUAAUGAAGUUAAUAAAAGAUUAUUUAUAUUUAUGAUCAUCAGUCUGACAUUAAAUUCUUAAGAAAUGACAAUUGCAUGUGAAACAAAAUAUAGGCUGAACAAACAAGAGGUGAGAAUUAAAAAAAAAAAAGAAAUAAGCAAAAAGAAUAAAAGGUGAGGUAAUGCCUGUGUGUGCGUGCGCGCGCACGCGCGUGGUGAGAAAAUAACAGCAAAGGAGAGCAGGCGGGUCUGGGUGCACGUACAGUAGUACGUCCUCUUCCCCGUCACGACGCCAUAUAACGUGAGCCCACUCCCGCCUGUUGGCCAACAAUCCCCCUCCUCCCGCACCCACACCCACACCCACACCAGUUGUCAAGGGUCACCAGUCUCUUCCUUUGCAGAGCACAACAUAAACAGCUCAGCACCAACAACCCAUUGUCAAUAUUAUGUGGUGGGCGUCGUCGGUCUCCCUGCCACCCUAUGCCUACCUCUCUUGUGUUGAUAAUAAUAAUAAUAAAAAAAUUAUUUUAUAUUAUUAUGUAUUUAGAUAUUUUCCAGAGUUUGUGUCAUUGGUCCAAAACUCUGUCAAACACUUCUUAACCAUGUAGCAUAGAACUAUUGUUGAAAAUUUUGCAAUGGAACUUUUAACUCUGAGUGAUUGGACUAUUGAGAUGGCAUUCUCUCCUCCCCCCAUUGUAAUACUCGAGGCUUGACUGUGCUGGCACGAGGGGGCACGGUGCCACCUGGGCAUCCAACCAAAGAGCGAUUCUGUUUCCCUCCAGGACGACACGCCGCCCCUUGUAUUUAGCCAGGUGUGGUUGGUCAGAGGAUGUUCCCUUUGCUCAAGGGCUCCAUAAGUCAGAGUGUUUUGUCCACAACCGCUAUACAGCGCUCUUUGCGAAAGCCAAGAGGCACCCUGCCCUCUCGACUAUACAAACAACGGCUUGUCACUGCAGACACUAAUUUUUAAGAGACAGUGCUGUGAAACUCCAGAUUUAUACACCUCUUAGUUUGUAAUGUCGAGCGCCCCACCGGAGCUGACAGCUACUACAUCCUUUCCCCUAUUACCAGUCACAAUGUGCUAAUAAUGUUAUCGUGAUAAUAAUAAUAAUAAUAAUACUAAUAAUAAUUAUUAUGAUAAAGAAAUUGCUGCAACAGCUUCCGGUGGAACACUCACGCGCACACUCCGUUUAAAUAUUUAGGUUCGUUUUUAUCAUCCUGAUGUGAUAUCAAUUCUGUAAUAUUCAAACUGUUAUAUUCUUGAUAAGCAGAAAUUUGUUUUCUAUUUUGAUGGUUGCAAUGAGAUGUAAUGGUUUAAUGCUAUGCCCUAUUGUAAGUUCACCCCUCCACGGAAAGCAAGGGAGACAGGCCCUUCUUACAACCUCAUUGAUUGACGAGCUAAAACAACAAAAGUUAAUGAAGCUAUCAUCUGCACUAACUUCCCCUGGUGCUCAUGAUGGACUAUAGCCUUUUUCAGGAACUCCCGGUCACACAAAAAUACAUUCAGAGAAAUAUGCUUUUUCUUCCCACCAUCCAUCAUUGAUUAAACCAUUUAAAUUCGCCUUAAUGGUAGCCCUUUGCAUCCUAUUCCCUUCGUGAACACAUUUCCCUUACUUUCCGUACCAGUUAUUUAAAAGAACAACGACAUGGCGGUAUGUUGUAGCUUACGCCCAAAAUUGUGGUUUUGCGGAGAUUGAAUCGCCAAAAAUACAAAACAGAGCCAAACCCACUAACAUCACUAGCUAACCACUAGUCAGGAAAUGGUAGUUGGCAGCUUUGUAUCAUAGUGACAGUCGUCAGAUUACUAAAGAAAAUGAAAGGUUCAGUAGAUAGAAAAUGGGAGUGGAAAGGCCAGAAAAAAGUGCACAUAUUCCUGUGGUGAUGAAUGAACGAUGAUAAAAGAGUACAGUACAUGAGAUUACAGCAUACUGAAGAUGAUAAAUUUCAUAAACCAUUUACAAAUACUGUAUGUAUGUGGAAGGUCAAUUUUUAUAAAUAUACAGUAUAUGUGAAAAAUAUAAAUUAAUAUACUUUACUAAUAUUUGAAAAUAAUUUUUCCUGAAAUAAACGAAUGAAGUACUAUGUAAAUUGAAAAAUGCAUAUUAUCAUUGAACGCCUCUCCAUAAUUAUAAUUUAUUAAUGUUUAGUGCUAUUCAAAUUCAUUUUCAUUGUAUCAAUGUGUCAUUGAGAAUCAGAAUGCAAACAGGGACUCAAGUUGAAGUACACAGUAUUUAUGAAAAAGAAGAAGAAGAAAAAGACGCGAUACAAUGGACAUGAUAAGAACUGGGUCAGUUUACUCAGACGGCUUCAUUCCAUCCGUCAACUUCAGUCUUUCUUUCCACUCCCUUCCCCAGGAGUGGAAAGAAAGUGGGUGGAGGGUGGGAGAGCAGCAGUCUUAUAGGUUGCUUUUGUCAUAAGAAAAUUAUAUCUAUAUAUACUUAUAUAUAGUCACAAACAUAUACAUUGGAAGAAAAAUAGUCUAUGCUUUGCUGACAAUGAAAUGAGUUGUCCCUGGUUAUGAAAUAUUAUUAAAAAAGGGUUUCUGUGUAGGAAUAAUCUGGAGCUAUUGUUGGCAAAUUGUUGGCAAGAUGUUUUUAAUAUAGAUUAUCAGCCAGGCCUUUUUAUGCUUCGACUGUCUCAGUAUUUAUAAUAACUCAUUGUAGCUCUGUGCUUAUGAUCACUUAAUUGUAGAACCAAGAGUGAUUGAUACAAAGAUGAGAACUUAACAAACAAACAAAAAAUUUUUUUACUGGUAGUGAAAGAUACAAAAAAUACAAUGAUGAACAUGACAGUUGAAGAAGGAGAAGAAAAGAAGAAACAGAAGAAGUGGAGAACGCUAGCUGCUUGUACUAGUUCCUUGCACAACAAACACCCAUUACUUAUGGACAUUUCAGCUCUGAAGGUUUUCUCUCGCCCAAAAAAAAUAAAAAAAAAAACUUUUCAGCAGUUCUCGUAGUUUGCUUAGAAGAAAAUGCAAAAAAGUUAUAUCAUGUUGUUCUUUCUCUCAAGAGUGUACCAACGGUCAAUUUUAUGUGAGAAUUUAACCAUAAAAUAUGAUGUGUCAUUUAUUUACAUGGCAGAUAUGUAAAGCACCUCCUCAUACAUGACGUCCAUAGGAUGUAUAACUGAAUCAGUACCUACUAUAUAUUGAUCUAAACCAAUUUCAUUAUGCAUAUGCACAAAAGAGAGCCUGCAUCUGGAACUCUGCUGCAGUACGUAUGAUUAUGUAAAGUCUACAUAUCUCGUUUGCUGACGCUACAUAACUUUUUAUGUGUAAGGAAGUUUGUUCAGUACAUGUAUAGAGUACAUUCCUCUUAUACAGACAGUCGUGUUAUGUAUGGGAGUCGUGUCCCUGAAAGCAUGCUGAGAUGUAUUAUAAAGUGACGCAUCGUGCAUUGCUCUUUAAUCAUGUGCAUCUACAUACAUGGUCAGUAUAUUGAUGUGCUGUUGCUUAUGCCAUGAAAUGAUUGUAUGAGUCAAUUUACCCACAGAGCAAUAUACUGUCAUGAUGCUGAUGCACGCUCUUCUGUUGUGCUCUAACUUGGCCCAAUGGACACGCAAGGCAAUACGGCAUGUUUCCAUGCGCACUACGUAUUCUGCGAUGUAGUUGCACAUAUAUUGUAUUAGAUAUACUGUAUACAGUGCUGUAUGGUAAGCAUUAAGUAUACUUAGGAGCAAUACUGACAGAAAACAUGUACGCAGUAUUGGUCUACCCUCAAAGAAUGUUGGGUUGCCACCUAUACUUUGGCUCUGGUUACGAGCACGACAGAUAAAUUUUUCUUUGAUAUGAAACUAAAAUUAUUGUAUCAUCAUGAUUGUUAUGAUCAAUAUUAGCAUCAUUGUUAUAAUUAUUAUUAUAAAUAAUAUUAUUAAAGCUGUUGUUAUUAUUAUUAUUAUUACUAUUAUUAUGAUUAUUAUUAUUAUUAUGAUUAUUAUUAUUAUUUGGUUGGUACAAACAUCUGAAGAUUAUUGCAGUGUUUUUAACACAUAUGAUACAAUGUCAUCUGUGGUCACUUACACUACAUGUGCUGACUCUGUGUAGCAGGUUAUGGGUGUAAUGCUGUGUAGAAAUAUGACACUACUAUUUAGGAGAGACAGAGACACACUCAAAUGUAGAUGACUUUUAGUAGUUUCUCAGGUGACCACCACUAAGAAUAUUACAUAUUGAAAUAUAUCUAAAUAUAUUGAAAUAUUGGUUUUGACUGUUAUGCUUCUUCAAAGUUUUACAUCUGUUGAUCUUUAGAAAUUCUAUAUAGAAAAGUAUGUUGUCUGUUAUUUUAUUUCUUCAGAUUUCUUUAUAUAAUUUUGGGUCAUCUGUUGCAAAACAUGCCUGGUGUUAGCAGUUAUCAAAAAUAUAAAACCACUUUUAUUCCUUCAUUAGAACAGAAAUUCUAAGUAGUUCUGGUAUCUGUAUUCUAUAUGGCACCUCUGUUCACCAUUCGUCCUGGGUUCUUGUAGAAUAUAACCAAACGGUGUAAGAUCCAUUGUGAUAAAAGAUGUAGUGAAUAGAGCAAAAAGAGAAAUAUCACAUCCACACAGCAAUACACCCUCGACUCGAUCCACCCACUUGGCAUAUUAGUGUCUAGUUACUGAAGAAGACUUGUAUACUAAUAUACUCUGUUAUCCUAUCAAUGUAUCGUCUCCGCAAACACAUCUGCUCGCCUGUUGGUAGUCAAGUGGUUUCAAGCUGCUAAUAAACAAAAUGACAUUUUCUUUCCUUCUCCAUUCAGCCUUUUUGCUUGCACUUUGUAAAAUGUUUUGAAUUUCACAGUUUGUACUAUAUUAUCUGUAAAUAAUGUCAUCGAAUAAAUUUUUGAUAAUUUACCACAAAGAAAAA